AUGGCCCACGGACCGCAAGAGCCAGAAGCCUCUUGGCCGCCUCGAUCGCCCCACGAAGCCCUCAUGAGCACCCCUAAAGGUCGCGAGCGCUACCGAGAAAUGAUGAAUCAGACCUCCCCCUCGCCUUCUCCAUCCCGCAGCAGCAGCAGGGCUAUGGCCUCGGUCAUGGCGCGGUCCGGGGCGCUCCAGGAACAGAUGGAUGACGAUGACGAAGACGACGAUGAGGAGACGCUUCAGCUGAAGCUGCAAGAGAUUCAGGCUCGCCUCAAGCUGAAGAGGCUGCAAAAGGCCAAGGAGUCUGCCGCUCAGGGCAGGGCCGCUGUGAGGCAUUCCCGCUCAAACUCGGCUGCAGCAGUCAUGCAACCUCAACGCGCCAUCCGUGGAACGACACCAGUGUCCGACAAUCCCAGGCCUUCAUCACAGAGCAAGGUGGUGCCUGCGUCUCCCGUCAGAAAAGUACAGCCAAUGUCGGACCCAAAAUCACCGAGUAGGGUUCUGCUGGGGAUCGACAAGGGCUUGCGGGCAAAGGACAUAUCACUGAAACGCGCCCCAAGCUUUCGGAAAACAACAAGCGGCGAUUCAGCCGCUCAGCGAGGCUAUCUUCAGAGGUCCAAGGCCACCAGCCCGUCAGGAACAAGAUCGCCUGAAGAAGAGUACCGGCCGCUCAGUUUCAAUGAGCGACUGGCGUCGGCGAGGUCGGAAGAGGUGUCUCGCGCCGAGAGGCAAGAGAGGAUAUCAAAGUUGAGAACCAGUGCGUUUGAAAUUGGCAAGGAGGAAAUGGAAGAGUAUAAGAAAAAUGCCGUUGAUAUUCCCGACGUGCCUUUGCAAGCCCCGUCUUUUAGCAGAGACGAGGUCUUGGGCAAGCAGAAAUCAGUCGCCCCAGCGUUACAGCGGACCAGCACAGUAUCUGAUCUGCGUACCGCCGCAGAGAGGGACCUCAAUCCUCCAAUUGCACCAUUGCGUCGAGAACGGCAGAACAGCGUGGCCAACAGUGUGGCCACCAGCGACGCUUCCACAGAGGAGCAGGGCGCGUUUGAGCCUUACUCCAGCAUGCAUCUCUCGAAACGCAUACUACCUCAUCGAGUUGUUGCAAGGCAUGUGUCCGGCAAGAAGGUCUUUAAUGUUAAGGAUCUUUUGCGUGAGGUCAAGGCUCCGGACUUUGCCCUGCCAGAGGUCGAAGAAGACAUUGUCGUCUUUGCAAUUGUGGCCAAGAAAUCAGAGCCUCGAGCACACAAGCCUGCCGCGGGCAAGAACGGGCAGAAGGCGGAAGACCGUGGCAAAUACAUGGUGCUGACUCUGGUUGACCUGGAGUACGAACUCGAUCUAUUUCUAUUCAACUCUGGGUUCACUAGAUACUGGAAGCUUACUGAAGGCACCGUUGUCGCUAUCCUCAACCCCAAUGUGAUGCCGCCACCUCCCGGAAGACAGGACACGGGGCGCUUCAGCCUGGUCAUCAACUCUGACGAAGAUACGAUUCUUGAAAUCGGAUCAGCCCGCGAUUUGGGCUUCUGCCAGUCAAUCAAGAAGGAUGGAGACAUGUGCAGGUCUUGGGUGAACAAGAAACGCACCCAAUACUGCGAGUUUCACUCCAACGAAGCCAUCAGAAAACAACGAUCAACACGCAUGGAAGUGAACUCGAGCGGGUUUGGUGGUGGUGGUGGUGGCAUUCGUUUCAAGGGUAAAAACCCGGCAGAGAUGUUUAUACCGGACAAAAAGAAGCCCAACAACUACGACUGGGAAACAAAAACGCAUUGGUAUGUAGCAAAAGGACACACGGCCGCGGAUCUUAUUGACGGCAAGGACCGAGAUCCUUCAGAUCGAAAGGACAAGGCAGAAUUUCUACGACGAAACAUGGAAGCCAAAGAAAAGGAACGCGAGAUGAUGAAGAAGCUCGGCCAAGUCGGCGGCCCAACACCGCCCAGUAGCAUGAGCUCGAGCCAACAGUUAUUCAACACGGACGACCCCUUUGCCGAACCUGCAAAACCAGAUGCAGUCACUCUCGGCCUCCUAGACAGGGCCCGAGACAUUCACCUUAGCCCAGUCAAGAGGAAACGGACCGGCAGCUCUCAGCCCGGAUCCCUUACCCGGAGUAACAGUGUCAAUAGCAGUAGCACGACUUACAGCAGGCCAUCUGGCCUUGGAUGGGGCGGCGCGUUAAAGGACAAGCUAUCGAGCAUGAAAGAUGGAGAGAAACUCAAGCCAGAGCAGCCACCACUCAGGAAGAAGACGCGGUUUGUGACGGAAAAGGGCAUCCGGGAGGCUGGUCGAGAGAGCUUUGGCAACCUGGCCGAGAAGAACCUGGCCGAUCGACAAGUUCUUCUUCAAGACGACGACGACGAAGAUGAGUUGGUCAUUGUGAGGUAG